GUAUGCUACCAGGUAGAAAGUGCCAAAGUGCUUCAAUUGUUGCACGCAUAGGCUGAAGAAAUUAUUAGCCAUGCUUUCUCUCACAAACCACAAUCAAUAGUUGUACACUUGUACUAUAUCAAUUCAUCAAGAAUGUAAUCAAUUACUGUACAGAAAAAAUCUAAGUGUUAAAAUAAUCUGAUUUUCUUUUUCUCCCAUUUCAAUAAUUAUUUAUAUCUUGUACUGCUUCUAAGAUUUUUCUGUUUGAUGCUGGGACUAAAGAAAGACUGAAAGAGUUUGUUUCAGGAUUCAUUUGAGCACUUGGAACUCAUGGUGCUUGCUUCUGCGGUGGCUGGCUGUGUUCUAUUGCUCAGAUAAAGUUCCUCACUUCUUCUUUCUUUCUUUUUUAAUCACAUAUGAAAUCAGUACAAAUUCUAUGAACCGUGAAUAUGAACUAGAAGCAAAAAAGAUAGACCCAAAAACCCAAAACCAAAACUUGUCACGCCAAUCAAACACCACCAUCACCAUCAUCAACAGCAAGAGACUGGAACAAAUAACAGGAGAAGUACAAGAGGCAGCAGAUAAUUAACUAGAAAUGAUCAGGCGUGAGGACUGGAUUCAUGAUGAUGAUGUGUAGUAAUAACAAUGAUGAUGAGACAAGGAGGUUUAGGUGGUUCAAGAUGUCAAGACUGCGGAAACCAAGCCAAGAAAGAUUGUGUUUAUAUGAGGUGCAGAACUUGUUGUAAAAGUAAAGGAUUUCACUGCCAAACACACGUCAAAAGCACUUGGGUUCCUGCUUAUAGAAGGCAACAGAGGCUUCAAAAUGUUUCUUCAAUUCAACUUCAACAACAGCACCCUCAAGAUCAACUACACAACCCUAAAAGACUCCGAGAAAAUCCUGCUACAGAGAAUUUUCCUGCUGAAGUGAACUCUUUAGCUACAUUUCGCUGCCUUAGAGUGAGCUCUAUUGAUGAAGGAGAUGAUCAGUUUGCAUAUCAGACAAGUAUGAGUAUAGGAGGCCAUGUUUUUAAGGGUAUUCUUUAUGAUCAAGGUCCUACUUACACCAUUGGAGAAAGCUCCACUACCCAGAUUCAAGAACCUAAUCUUGCAAAUGCUGCUGCCCUAACUAGUACUACUUUAGCUCCAACCUCUUCAGUUGAUGCGGAUUCACUUCCUCCUUCUUACCCUUUUCCCUUUAAUGCUUUCAUGUCCGGUACGCAACUUUUCUUGCACCCAAAAUCUUAGGGCAAAAGAAGGAAAAAGAAAGAUGUUUUGUUUUAUAUUGUCUAUUUGAUUCUAUUUUAUUAGGAGGCCUAUCUCCCCCUUUAUCAUAUCACCAACAUUGCUAUGUAUCUGCAUUACUGGUGCCAUUUAAAUGAACUGCUAGAGAUGAAUAAGAGGGAGAUGACCAUGUUCAUUGUUCA